AUGCGCGCCCUGGUAACUGUUGUCACCCUCCUGCUCUGGGGGCAGUUUUUUGCAGUGGACACUGUCGAUGAGAGCACAGACGACGGCUGCCCAAAGGCCCCUGAGAUUGCAAAUGGCUACGUGGAGCACUCGGUUCGCUACCAUUGUAAGAGCAACUACUACAGACUGCGCACCGAGGGAGAUGGAGUGUACACCUUAAACAGCGAGAAGAAGUGGACAAACAAGGCCACUGGAGAGAAGCUUCCUGAAUGCGAAGCAGUGUGCGGAAAGCCCAAGAACCCAGUGGAUCAGGUCCAGCGGAUCCUGGGUGGCUCGGUGGAUGCCAAAGACAGCUUUCCCUGGCAGGCCAAGAUGAUUUCGCAUCAUAACCUCACCUCGGGGGCCACACUCAUCGGUGAACAGUGGCUGCUGACCACGGCUAAGAACCUCUUCCUGGGCCAUACGAAAGAUGCUAAAGCAAAAGACAUCGCCCCUACUUUAAAACUCUAUGUGGGGAAGCGGCAGCGUGUGGAGGUUGAGACGGUGAUUCUCCACCCUAACUACCUCGAGGUCGACAUCGGGCUCAUCAAGCUCAAGCAGAAGGUGCCCGUUAACGAGAAAGUAAUGCCCAUCUGCCUACCUUCCAAAGAUUACGCGCAAGUGAAUCGUAUGGGCUAUGUGUCUGGCUGGGGGCGGAACUCCAACUUCAGCUUCACCCAGCUCCUGAAGUACGUCAUGCUGCCCGUGGCCGACCAGGACAGCUGUGUGCGGCACUACGAGAACAGCACGGUGCCGGAGAAGAAGAAGCCCAAGAGCCCGGUGGGCGUGCAGCCCAUCCUGAACGAGCACACCUUCUGCGUCGGCCUGUCCAAGUACGAGGAAGACACGUGCUUUGGGGAUGCGGGCAGCGCCUUCGCUGUCCACGACACGGAUGACGACACGUGGUAUGCGGCGGGGAUCCUGAGCUUUGACAAGAGCUGUAGCGUGGCCGAGUAUGGCGUGUACGUGAGGGUGCUCUCCAUCCUGGACUGGGUUCGGAAAACCAUGGCCGACAACUAG